AUGAUUGUAGUUUUACUUUUCACGUAUUACUUUCUUUGUUCUAAACAAAAGAUUUGAUUUUUAUCAUAUGGGUGUGAUCUAAAUUGGCUAAAAUUGUAUUGGGGGUUUCUGUAAAAGUUUAUGGGAUUAGUGUUAUUGGUGGAUUUUUAGACAAUUUGGUGAAAAGAUUAGAUUUUUAUCAUCUGGGUGUGAUUAAAGUACCUAAAAUUGUGUUGGGGUUUAUGUAAAGUUUAUGGGAUUAGAGUUAUUGGUGGAUUUUUUAGGUGAAAAGAUUAGAUUUUUAUCAUCUGGGUGGGAUCAAAUUACCUAAAAUUGUAUUGGGGUUUCUGUAAAAGUUUAUGGGAUUAAAGUUAUUGGUGGAUUUUAAGGUGAUUUGUGUUUGUGAAAAGUGGAGAGCUUAAAAAGUGAAACAGCCAUAUAGUUGCACUAAUCUUUUAGCACAUAAAAUAAAUCACCAUGAAUUCAUAUGAAUCAACAAAAACAAUUUUAUCAAGAAUUCAAAGUUGGGAUCCAGAAAAUGCUUCAAAAAUCGAAGGUUAUUUACUUAAACAAGACCAAGGUGAUAAGGAGAUGAUUUGUUUAGGACUUUUAUCGAACUGUUCAUCUGCACCUUCGACACCUCCUUUUAGUUCCAUUUCAAAUGCGAAUAAAUUCAACCCAUUUCCAUAAUCUUCCCCUAGAAUCAUGAUACCGAACAAUGGGUUUCAUUCUUCGCCUUCUUCUUCUCCAUGGUCUGGUAGUCACUGCCGGUUUUUUCAAGAAGUCCUCGACCAGUGUCGUAUGCUGCUGUUGUGAAUGGUUCAGGGAAUUUGCUGCUGGUUCUCAGCUUAUGGCUUCUGGAGGUCGUCAUCCAUUUGCUUACAACAAAUGAUUGAAUAUUUUCAAUGAGGACUAGACACUAAGAUCUUAUUCAUUCCUUGUCAAAUGUUUACAGCCGGCUUAAUCUUUGGUUUACUCACUGGCGGUGUUGAUUACUUCUAUGCUUUUGGAGAUGCCGAGCCUCCUGUCUCUUCGAUAUCUCUCCUUGUUUCAACUCUACUAGUUUUCACAGUUGGUUUAGGCGAUCGAUAUCGCAUUGUAUAUUCCAUCAAAGCUGCUGUGUUCUUAAAUAUUGGAUUGGGAAUUUUCGAUAUUGGAAAAGGCAAUGAUAUGCCAGCAAGAAAGUCAAUGGAUGAGAAAAUGAUUGUCCCAUGUAUUACUUUUUGGACUGUUGGGACCGACUCUUUAUCUGUUCCAUGGUACACUAAUCUACUUCCCUUCCAUGAGGAUACACUAUCAGCUAUUCUAGUGUUCUCAACUUCUUUAAGAAUCUGUUACAUGGCCUUGCAUUUGCACAAAUCAAUUGUUGUACUGAAGUCCGUUGAGGAGUUGGAUCAACCAUUUAAAUGUAAUCAUCAACCAAUUCUCUGGCUUGGAAAGCAAAAGGGAAUAUUUGUGUUGCAUCUUAGUUACGGAAGUGUUAUCACACUACUCCCUAAUGGAAUUGAGAUAGAGAAGCAUCUUUCACUUUACAAGAGUGAUAGUUUUUAUCGUUGCCAUUGCUGUACUUGAACCUUGAGGACAAGGUUUGUAUUCAGGAGGGAGGUAUUGUUAUGAACGGGCCAGGACCAGUAUGGGCAAACCAGCUCAACACCAAAUUAAGAGACUAUGUUUGGGAUUCAAGUUGAUAAAUACAACUUGUGGGAGUAAAUUAGACUUAUGCAGAUUGUUGAGAAAAAUGUCUAGUCCUCUCAUCCCUUUCUUUGAGUCUAAGCUUUACAUCUCCUUUCUAGUUAUCUUCUUCAAUAGUUUCUUUGUUUUACUAGUCCAUUGUUGUUCUGCAAUUUCCUUGUGAGUUCCAUUUUCCCGUUGUAACUUUGAGUUUAGUGAUUAUAAUAUUUGAGUGUUUCUAUUGUGAAAUUGGAGUUGUUACAGAAAAUAUGUUGUUGAUUAUGCUUGCUUAUCUGGUGGACGUUUAGAGAUCUGAUACGUUUCCUGUAACAAUAAACAAAUGGAGAGAAAGGGCGAGAAAUAAUUUAGGUGGUGAAAACCAAUGGAAUAUUUGUGGUUGGAAAGAUUCAAGCAACAAAACUAAAACACAUCAUCAGUUAGAAGAACAUUGCCAGAUGGGGUUGGCAGUAGGUUUUAGUUCUUUCAUUUUUUCCUAUCUGAUCUUCUGUAUCCAUACUGGAUUUUAGUUGUUGGCUUUCAUAUAGUGCUCCAGAAUUUUGUUAGUUCGUUGCAUCAUCUAGUAUUUUGUUAGUCUGGAUUUAAAGUUUUUAUAACUUUUUGAAAAAUAAUAUGGAGGUCUUUGCUUUCUGUUUUCUUGCAUUGGCUUUGAU